AUGAAUCGCAAUCAACGCAAAUAUGGUCGACCAGUGAAAAGGGAAGAAGUUGAUCUUAAACCAAAAGGGAAUAAAUUAGUUAGUCCAGAGAUAGAAGAAGUGUUGCCUCCGCGUAAUAAAAGAAAUUCAUUCAAAGCGGACAAAUUUAUGAAAAAUCGAUGCUGUCACAUAAGUCCUGCGCAAAAAGAUGUUGAACAAUUAACAGAAAUUGAUGACAACUUCCACGAUUUAGUUAAACAACAAUAUGAUUUCGAUACUAUCAUUCCUGAAACUAUAAAGCAGGAAAUCGAAAGUGAAUUCUGUAGUGCAACAAAUAAGGUCGACAACAGUUCGCAGUAUGUAAGGCAAGAAUACUGUCCGUCUUAUGUAGAAACAUUAGACGGGUCCCAAUGGCAAAAUAUAGACAACGCAUAUGAAUUGGAACAGUUUUUGGACGCAGAGAAAGAAGAAGUGUUUACAUCGAACUUGUAUUCGGAAAAAAAGAUUCAUAUUUCUGAAGCGCCGCGUGUGAAAGUUAUAGCGGAGAAAUUCGCCAAGUACCAAAAAGACAACGUCGAGUUAAGAAAAUUGGAAGAAAAAAUUGUGUGUUUAGAAUACGAUGUAUAUACAAGUGAUCACCACUACUCAAAACCAUCUCAAAAAAUGAAGGCGUAUUUUUCUGUUAAACCAAUAAUGAUAUGUGAUAAAGAAAAAGUGAAAAUGUUGCCAGCGUCCGUAAAAAAUAAAUUUAACAUUUCUGAAGAUGACCUAAACAAAUUAAAUGAGAAGGAAGUCGAGAUUAUUGAUGCAAAGAUCUCGGAGAACAAGUCAUAUUUGGACGACCUCAAGAAAGUCCUUAAAAGGAAGCAAGCUAUUUACGCUAAAAAACAGAAAACUACUUUGGAUCUCAUGUCGUUGUACGAAAUGGCUAAACGGGAGACUCCAGUUUUUGACGAGGACUUCUCAAAUACAAAUUUACUGUCGAAAGCGGAAUUGGAAGAAAUUAAAGAUUUAAUAACAAAAAAAUGCGCGUCUAGCAUACACGGCAUAAGCAGACGAACUGUCAAAUGUGACGCGAAAAAAAAUGACAACAUAAACGUCAUAUCACAAUCUAUUUUCGCGGAACUUCAUAGAAAUGAUUAG